AUGUCUGGCUUUCGACACGCCUUUUCUCUAUCCCAGCGGGAGGUGCGCGAUGCAGUUCCUCCCGGGACCGUCUCUUUAUCGAUCCACUCCCACCAAAUCCUGCACGGCAACAACACAAAACACGACGGCGAACUGAUCCUCCACCCCCAGCCCUCCUCAGACCCCUGCGACCCGCUCAACUGGGCGACCUGGCGCAAAACCGUCGUGCUAGUAUGUAUGUCCGUCUACGCAUUCGUAGGAAACUUCUCGUCGGCGUCUAUCUCCAGUGCGUUUCCGGUCUAUGCGACUCCUCUGGCGUUUAACCCGCCUGUUCCGAUGGGGAGGCUGAGCCAUCUUGUUGCGGUAAACGUGCUGAUGAUGGGCGCGGCGAAUAUCUGGUGGGUGCCGCUCGCGAACACCUUUGGACGGAGACCGAUUACCCUGCUUAAUCUGUUGAUUCUGGUGUUUUGCUCCAUGUGGGCGGGACUGGCGACGAGCUUUGAGAGUCUUCUUGCUGCUAGGUUCUUUAUGGGAGUUGGUGUUGGGCCGGCUGAUACGAUUGCGCCGAAUGUGAUUGGGGAGAUAUACUUUACGCAUCAGAGGGGAAAGGCUAUGGGCUUCUACACGGUAUUUCUCUGCGUGGGAUCGCUAGUUGGAGGGAUAUCAGGCGGUUAUAUCGCCAGUCACGGCCUCGAAUGGCUGCACUGGGUGAACGUCAUCAUCUGCGCGAUUCUCUUCGUGGUCUGCCUGAUCUUCGUCCCCGAAACGCUCUACAAGCGCGACGAGCCAUCUCCUGUCAUCAACGACGAGAAAUUGAAAGAAGGUGCAGAGACAUCGCAGAUCGAAGAAAUUACCAACCCAUCCCAGCACCAGUACCACGACUUCACAUUCCUCCGCUCGCUAAAGCUCUACACGUAUCACGGAAACCUGCUGAAGAACUUCGCUGCGCCAUGGCUCACUUUACGCCUCCCAGGCGUCUGGCUCGUGAUGCUCUGGUACGCCGGGCUCGUCGGCGGCGUCGUCACCCUCAGCACCGUCGGCCCAACCAUCGUCGCCUACCCGCCAUACAACUGGGGCAAGAACGCCGGGCUGAUCAACGUCGGCGGUGUGAUCGGCUCGUUCCUGGGCGCAGUUGUCACAGGCAUGCUGGCUGAUCGAGCGAUCGUCACCAAGAAGACGCUUAAAGACGGGGAGCUCACAGAGCCGGAAGCGCGUUUGGUUGUUGCGUUACCGGGACUGAUACUUGCAACGACGGGUCUAUGGACGUUUGGAUUCUGUGCCGAGAAUGGAAGUCCCAGCAUGUGGAUUGGGAUGCAGUUUGGAAUUGGCAUGUUGGCGUUUGGACUGAUGCAGGCGCCGUCGGUUGGGUUUAACUACGUGAUCGACUCGUACCGCAAUCUAUCAGCAGACUGUUUCGUUGCGAUUACCUGCAUGAGAGCGGUGGUUAGCUUUGCGUGGACGUUCUUUGUGGGCACGUGGGUGGAAAAGGCUGGGCCGGCGGUGCCGUUUGGGGUGUUUGGUGGCAUGAUGGGGUUUUUUACGCUGUUGCUGAUUCCGCAGUGGCUGUGGGGGAAGAGGACGCGGAUUGCAACGGCGAAGUGGGUAGCUUAG